AUGAUGUCCACUCCAUCGUCCUCCACGCGUGUCCCCCCGACCUCCCCGCAAGUCACUGCCUCGGUUGUGAAGUUUCGCUGUCUGUACACCCACGACCUACGCCGCAAGUCAAAACGAUGGCACGAUGGGUACCUUCGCUACCAUAAAUUCAACAAACGGGUCAUGGUCUAUGAUGACCAGGGGAACUUUAUCGGCGACCAUCACUGGCGGUCCUCCGAUGAAGUACAGGAUGGUGACGAAAUGGAGCUGGACAAGGGGGUCCUAAUCGAGGUGACCGAGAACAUGGGCACAACGGAGACGGAUAUUACAACCUUGUACGAAAAAAGGAAAUCCAGUCAGGGCUCACCGCAGACCAAGGACCCGGUGUCACACGUCCCCCGUACCCCUGCCCACACUUCAACCCCCACCUCUGCACCUAUUCGUUCCUCCGGUUCGUCCCAGUCAUUCCGGUCACUUAACGAUUUGCUAGGCAUUAAAAGGACUCCAAUCAGGCAUUUGGUGCCCCCAUACGAGGAAAGGAAUUCUUCGAGACCAACACCCAGCCCCAGCGUUCGGGAGUCCGCACCAGCACCGAAGCGACAAAAGACAUCCUCGGUGGUGGAUCGAAGCGCCGAGAAAGGCUCGCGUGCCCGGAGUGAGGUCAUUGAUUUGACUGAUUCAAUAGAUUCAAAUCAGGGACUCUCCGCGAGGCAAAAGUCAAAUCAACUGGCAAAAGAACUACCCCGAGCCGGGGGUGAUUCUACGGGCGAUGUGCUCCUGACAAAUUGUGAGCAGAAGUCGACAGUCCAGUCAAAACAAACUAGGUCACCGAGACCCAAUCCUCCUUCAUUCUCAAGGGCCUCCGCUUCAACUGCAUUUGAACCACCCGAGGAAGCAGACCGUACAGCCACCAAGGGUGUCCAACCUGCAAGGCCCCUUUAUAAUAAAUCGAAAGAUGCACCGGCCCCUAUUCAAUCACUAAGACCCCUCGGCCCUUCUUCGAGAGGACCUCUUCCCAGUAUACCCCCAGAAACAGAAAUACCUAGGCCUCGAGGGAAUUUUCACGUGAAGCAGCCAUCAAUCAACCGUGAAAAUCAAUCCAAAGUCGUGUCACGUCCCAACCCACCACAGAGGUCUGACCCUCCAAGAGUUUCAAGAGACUCUCCCCCAAAGGCACCCAGACAGCCUUCUGUUGGUCGAUCUACACCACAGGCGCCAGUGCGUGCAGUCACCAAUUACAUGAAGCCUAUUGAACCUGCAAACAACCAAGCUCCAACGAACGAUUCGCCUCCAACGAACGUCUCAUCUUUAGCCAACAUUCCACCUUCGGUCAAUAUCCCACCUCCGGCCAAUGUUCCACCUCCAGCCAACAACUCACCUUCAACGAGCAUGCCACCUCCAGCACUACGCUCUGGGGCACCUACAUCCGCUCUACGCAUGGGAACCGGAAAGCCACGUAGAAAACUGAUGUACAGUGCUUUACUGCCUGGCGGUUCACGAAGUCCAUCACCGGCGACCUCGGAUACACUUCCUACUAGGGCAACCCGUGAACCCGCCACAGAACCCCCGGAACGACACCUAACCGCCGCUCCAAGUGAUUCCUCAAUACCAAACGAAGAGUUUAUGCCCUCGACCUCGACACAAUUUAUCUUUGACGAGUUCAUAGAUGGAUCGGGGUUCAAAUCCCCCUCCAUGAUCAAAAGGCUAGCCGGGAAAAGGUCUCUCGAUUCACCUUUGCGCAAAUCGACUUCGGACCCGACCGCAUUGACUGCCCGCCAGGUUAGAGCAGGAAGAUCAUUCCACGCAGCCAACAUGGAAGAUGAGCCCAAAGAGCAAGGCCCCUGGACAUCCGAGGCAUUAGAUUUAUUUGACUUCUGGCCUGCUGGACGACCAAAGCCGUCAAACGAAUGA